GGCGGUCGAUCUCGGGGGCGCGUGGCCUCCCGCGCUCGAUAGGCUGCUGGUUUUUGGGGCGCGUGGUGGGUAAUUUGCGCGUGACGGCCCGGGGUUUGGGUCGAUUCGAGCUUGAGCUUGAGCUCAGCUCACCUCAGCUCGUGCUCGUAGUCGACCGUUGGUUGGAGCUUAGCUUGAGCUGCCCUCUGCUCAGUGCCCCGGGAUUCGGGCGUCUGCUAGUGGGCAGGGAGACGUGGGGGGAUUUGGGGAUCCUCCAGCAGAUGCGCGACGCUUGGUUUCUGCUGUUCCCUUCAUUUUUUUUGUCGUGGACCUACUUUUCUCUGGCUCCCUCUGAGCUCCGAGCUUAGAUUGGCUGCGGCAGCGUCCGGGUGGAUCCCCUCUUGUCUCUUUUGCAUUUUUGAAGAUUUGUUCAGCUGUACCCCUCUUCGGAAGGUGUGUAUGUGGGAGAAAGAUGUGAUUUUUAGGCUUUAGCGAGGAGAUGGGAGUGAUUCUUGUGCUAGCAUCGAAACAUUGUAGCUUCAUUUUGUCUUAGUUUGCUUGAUUUGCUCCCCGUAUGAGGGGCAUGAGGCGUCUGGCGUGAGAUUUGGCUGCCCGUUGAUUGUAACAAGAUGAUGUUGUCUUUGUCCUAGUGUUUGUCAUUAGAGAUUGUAGUGCUGUGUUAGUGUUUCGGUUUUGGAUAAUGCUAGUGUUCCGUGCGAGGUGAAGAUGUGGUUUUGCCUGUGCUAGUUAAGAGUAUUUCUUGCCAGACACUCAUGAUUUAACCCUGCUUUUAGUGGCCGGACAUCUAGAUAGCCAACUCAAGUAGGAUAAUUGCUACUUCUUCCUGAGUAGUUUUGAACCUUUAUCUCUUGCAUUGUGCUAAUUGGCUUCACUUGCCACCCACAAGCUAACAAAAGUGCAACAAGUUCACAGUUCAAACUUAAAUUGCACCUCCGUCUAUUUCAAAACUGUUCUUUUCUGGCAUGGGCGCACACUUGAGGUUGUGGAUGCCCAUAUUUAAGCCACCCGCACUAAUUAAUCAACCAUGCUUCUUAGGGCUCCCAAUUCGUUAGCUCUUAACGCGUUAUCAUAGGUAGUGGACUUUUUUAGAGAUAAUCACCACAAUGCAUUGCAUAUUACAUUUAAUUGGUUUAGGACCAGCAUCUCAACCUUGUUUCCUAAUUGUGGAGAGAAGGGAAUGAUUUUGUCCGAUAUCAUGCUCCACUGGCCUAUUGGCCUCCGGAGUAAAAACUAGGGAGAUAAGCCACACUGGAUCAGAGCAUUGAGUACACCGCAUAGGGAAACGAGCUAAGAGGCGUAUCUCCACUAACAUACAACUUCCCCCUCUCUCUUCUUUAAAUAAAGUGCCACCUCAGCAUUUUGUCUGAUAUUGUGCUAAGAGACAAGCAUUCGGAGUACCCUUAAUUCUAAUGCAUGUACACCAGUUGUUUUCAGUUGCAGCUUUAGAGACCUGAAAGGAUAAUCUUGAUUAGUUUUCUUAUCGCUGUUAAAACAUGUUUAUGGCUUUAAUUUGAAUAAGUUCCAAACCCCACAAUAGAUAUGGUUGGCCAAGGUAGUUGGCAUAUGCACCAUUACUUUGCAUGCUUUUGAUGCUGAAGAAUUUUCCUCAGUAGGCUUAAAAUGUUGUCCUUGCGAAUCAUGAAUGCGUGUCCUUGUGGAAUAUACUGAACUAGUACCGAUUCAUUUACUGUAGAAUCAUUGAACAAUGUUCUUAUGUAAACGUUCUUCAAAAUGGGCAGGCUACAGAUAAAUAGAAGGGACAUCUACAGAUUCGUUUAGCCUGAGUAAAUUCUUGUCAGUCCAGGGUGAGCCUUCUUUGGAUGCUACAGUUCACGCUUUCACGGGCAUUAGACCCGUAGGGACUUCGGAAAUGUCACAGUUUCACCACACACAGCAUGGGGGUGAUGGUGAUUUUCAGAUGUGGCAACAACAGAUGAUGUACAAGCAAUUGCAGGAGUUCCAGAGACAGCAAAAUGCCCAGCAGAUUGAUCAUGGAGCCAGAAUGCAACCCUCUUUUGGACAGUUUCAAGCUCCAGCAAGAGCAGCGCCUGCUGAUCAAUUGCCGGUGAUAACAAAUGAAAUGCCAAACAAUGAGGCCACGGCUUAUGCGUGGCCACAGAAUUUUGCUAGUGGUGACCCAAGGUUGCCAAGCAACUCACAAAUGGUGAAUACAGGUAGUAACACAAACUGGGAGCAGUAUGGUGGUGCUCCUGCCAUGGGCAAUUUCAUGAAUGGUUCGGUAUUUCCAAAUACUCAAAGUCAACCGAUGCGACCAAUGGGGUUAGCUACACAGCAAAUGAACCAGUCCUUCUAUCAAAUACCUGCUACCAGCAGAGGCGGGUCUGUUAACCAGUACCCCCAGUUCUUAGGGAUCCCUGCUGAUCUCCAGAAUGCAAUGACAAGGGCAAGUACUCAUCAGCCUGAAAAGGUAUCAAGGCCAUUUAGCUCGUUAAUGGAUGAACCUAGUCCGCAGGAGAAAGGUGCCUCCAGUUCUAUGCAGAAUUUUCGAGGAAAGGGAGGCUUCUUAAGCAAUAGUCCGUUACAAAGUCAAGGUGAUAACAACAAGGCAGGCAGCCCUGUUCCAGUGAAUCAUCUGCGACAUGGUUUUCAACUCCAAGAUUUUCAUGGUAGGUCAAACCAACCCCAAGCGGGCUUGCAAGAGAAAUCAACAAUGCAGGUAGCACCAGCAAGUGGUGGCGCUAGCCUUGACCCUACCGAGGAGAAGUUCUUGUUUGGGGAUGAUGAGGAUAGCAACUGGGGAGCUUUGUUGAAGGGAGACAAUGAUCAGGGUAAUUCUUUGGAUAAUGAUAACUUUGGUGGUGCUUUGCCAUCUCUACAGAGUGGGAGCUGGAGUGCCCUUAUGCAGGAAACGUUACAGUCUUCAACCAGUAAAGAUAAUCCCAAGGAAGAAUGGAGUGGCCUCAGCUUGCAGAAAACACAGACAGUUGCUAAUAACUCAACUUUACCAGCUCGUGACCAGAGUAAGCUUGCUGCAUUAAGCGCUGGACUACAGAAUGCACGACCCUCGUCAGCAUCUAGCUAUGGUGAUGGAACAAUGAAUAAUCCAGAUUUUACCAGUUUUCAGCAUGCUACAAGAAGUCCGUACGAGCAAAGAGACAAAACACCACAUGAAUCUCCUCGUGCUACUGUUACCAAUCAUCAGUCAACUGCAGAAGCCAAUAAUGGGUAUAUUCAGCAGAGCUUGAAGCAAAAGCAGUCUGAUGAAUAUGGGAGACAAGAACAGGUGCAUUUGUCAAAUGGCAAUUGGGCUCAGCAGAAAUCUGAAACGCCAAGAAAUAGCUCACACUCAACUGGUGCACCUUCAAGUACACAUGGAUUUUGGAUGUCACAACAAAACACUGUUGAUCACAAUAUCAACCAAGAGUCGAGCAAUAGCCAGAAUGACUGGAAAAGCAACAGCCCCCUUGGACAAGACAUCAGCAGUACCCAAAAUGUCUUUAAUAGUGAUGGAAACUUUUGGAAGUCAAGUGGAGGUAAUGCAAAUUCAGUCCGCAGGCUUCAGCAGAUGAAGCCUGAUAUAAGCACUUCGCAAAUGCAGAAGGACAGUUCUGAUGGUAAAGGUGUUAGUAUGAUGGGCUCUAGCAUGCCAACAAUAAACCCGAAUCAGCAUCAGAUGGUUAUGGGUCGAACCGGUGAGCAUGGUGGGAUAAACCAUAACAUUGGAAGUAGGGGUACAGAAACCUCAGAAUCUUUAAGAAGAAGUGCUGAGCCAAGACCAAAUGACUGCAACCAGGAGUACCAAAAUGCAAUACAUAUGGAAAGGCCAGGAAACAUUUUAAAUCAUGGGCAGCAUGUGAACAGUGACCAUGCUGCCAGGAGGCAUCCUUUCUUUGCUGCAAAAGAAUCCCAAAAUUUGGGAUCAGGUCAGCAAGCAGGGGGAUCUUACAUGUUGCAGAAUCAUGCUAUGGACAACACAGGGGUAAACAUUAGGCAUUCUCCGGGUAAUCCAGUUACGAACAAUCAGUUUCCGCCUCAGUCACUUCAGGGACAAAAUAACCUGAAGCCACGAUUUGUCACCAACUCCCAAGUUGCUGCCAAUAUGGCUUCAGUUAAUGAGAAAAUGCUGGUGGGGGAUGAACACUUUAAAUCUCGACAUGGUGUCACUAACAGUUCCAGUGCAUCACCCUUUGGAGUAUCUGAUGCCGGUCUGUCUCAGAAUAGAGCAGUUCAGAACAGUCAACAUAUGCUGCAACUUCUUCAUAAGGUGGACAACACAUCAGAUAGCAAUGCACUUACUGACAUGGCCAACAGUCCUCUCGAUAAUGUUGCUAAUACUCAGCAGCAACUUAAUCAAUCUUCUUUGCAAGGGUUUGGAUUAAGACUAGCACCACCGUCCCAGCGACAUCCAACUUCAGAUCAUUUAUGGUCAAGUCACACUAAUGCUGAUGGCAAGCAACCUGAACACUCAGCAAGGGGAGAACAUCAGGCCCAGCUACCUUCCACUGCCACCAAUUAUUCGUCACCUGCUCAUCCAAGCUCGCAGCCAACACCAUUUCAUUCUUCGGAAAUGGGUGGUACUGGACAGCCAGCUGCACAUUUCCCCCAGUUAAAUUCCGGGCAGCAAUAUCCUGUGCCAGACGCAAGAUCAGGUUCUGUACCCACGCCUCAGCAAGACAGCACAGCAACAGUAUUCAAGAACGUAUGGACAAACAUAUCGGCGCAACGUCUAGCUGGUACCCAAUCUAACAAGAUUACACCCAAUAUUCUCCAGUCUAUGAUGUUUUCCAACAACCCCAACUUAUGGGGUUCGCAAAAGGCAGACGACCAAGGACAGAAGGGUUCAACACCACCUGAUGUAGCUACCAGUUCUGCCAAUUCACAUAAUCAAGAGACAAAACAAGCUCUGGACAGUGAUGCAGGGUUAGCCUCUUCUGAGAUGGCAAAUUUUGAUUCGACUGGAUCUGCUGUACCCAGAGGGAAUCAAACCCUGCAGAAGCAUUCUUCAGAUGGGAACUUUGCCAUUCCUGCUUCAUCCUUGGCACAAUUGCGUCAGCAAGGUAUCAUGAACCCUAGGCAGGGAGAGAACCCUGCAGCUAACUUUCAGGUUAUGAAUACUUCUCACAACACUGGUACCAAUACGAGUGGCAUUGGGUUACAUGGAAACCCAACACCUUCAAACCUCCAACAGACAAAUUUUGCUCUUCUGCAUCAAAUGCAAGCAAUGGGUCAUGUGGAUGUUGAUCCAGGCAAUAAAACUGGAAAGAUGCUUAAACCAAAUGAGAUUAGUUCUGAUGCGUCACAAGUUGACUGGAAGUCUGCUCAGAGGUUUGCACAUGGAGCCAAUAACUCACUCAGGUCGUCCAUAGAUAACAUUGGCAGUACUAGUGUCCAAGGGUCAUUCCCUUCAGACAUGAAAAUGCUAAGCUUUGCUCCAAGGAACAAUGAGGAGAGAAGUACAAGCAUACCUUCUCAGAUCCCUUCUAGGGAAGUUCUCUCUCAUGGUAUGGUCAUGCGUAAUGAUCAUCAAAGUCAAGUUCAGUCUCUUGGGACAAAUGCAUCAUCCAAUUUGAUUGAAAGAAGUGAGAGACCUGGGAUAAACCCUCAAAUGGCACCCUCUUGGUUUGAACAUUAUGGGAACCAAAGAAAUGGUCAGAAUCAUUCUGUGUUUAAUGCUCAGAAGACCCCAACUCCACCAUAUAAUGUUCCCAAAGCUUCUUGGUGCAUGGAAAAUAACUCUCUCGAGGAUAGAGCUGAUGCCGGCCAAGCUGCCAGGCCUUUGGUGCCUAAUAUGAAGACGGCUUUGGUGACAAGGCCAAAGAAGCGCAAAUUUACAGAACGUGCUCUUGUUUCUUGGCAUAAAAUCAGUGAAGGCACUCAAAAGUUGAGAAAGACAAGCACGAAUGAGAUGGAUUGGGCUUGGGCAGCUAAUAGAUUAAUUAAGAAGUCUGAGGAUGAUCCAGAAAGUCUGGAAGAUGCCCCAGUAAAUUAUUUACCGCGCAAAAGGCUAAUUAUGACCACAAAGUUGAUUCAGGAAGUUUUCCCUGCUAUACCAGCAAGAGUUCUCAGAGCACAAGCUGUAUCAGCUUAUGAAAGUGCUACAUACAAUAUCGCAAUGUUCACUCUAGGAGAUACAUGCAUCAUCUCAUCAGAUAACUCUCGCGCUCUUGCAGAUAAUGAAAAUAACCCAUCUGAACAAAGAACAAGUGCCAAGCAAAUGGAAGACAAGUUAUCAAAGGUUGUGGAAGUCUUUGUUGGAAGAAUCAAGAAAAUGGAAAACGACUAUCUGAGCUUGAGCAAGAGGGCUUCGAUGCUAGAUGUGCAUCUGGAGUGCCAGGAUUUGGAAAGGAUUUCAAUCGUAAAUCGUCUGGGAAGAUUCCAUGGCCGGAACCAUGCAGCUGGUGUCGAGGCCUCGUCUGGCUCACAAAUGGUUUCUCGCAGAAUUUUCCCGGAUAGACAUGUCAUGUCUUUCUCCGUGCCAGGAAAUCUUCCCGAAGAGGUGCACUGUUUGGCACUCUAGUGCAUUGGAUUGUCCCUUAACCUCUCCUCAGAUCACCUCUGUGGCUACAAGUGUGAUUUUCCAAUGCUCCUUUUUCUCCUGCAAAGCAUGGCGUUUAUACAGAACGGUCAGAUCCAGGGGUGGUUUGGAAAUCCCAACCGUCGCACAUGCCACAGAGACGCCAAGGGAUGUGUCCAGCCGAUCAAACUUAGUGCGGGCUGUUGUUAUUUCUCCCUUGUAUGAAGUAUAGGUCCCUGUAUAUUGCGGAAAGUAUGAAGGAAAAAGAAGCCGUGGGCCUCGCAUCAUUUUGCUGAUGAAGGAAGGGUGUUAGCUUCACAAUUCGUUAGGGAAGUCGAUGCUUACUAGCUUUAGUACAUCUAGUGGAAAUUUCCGCUACUUGUCAUCUUUUUAUCCAUGAUGAUGAAGAAAGAGUGUUGGCAGUUUAGAGGGGUGAAUAAUAACGAGAGCCUUGUCCUCUGGGUUCUUUUGUUCCUUUAGGAAUGGGAUGCAAAUUGGCUAGCGGUGUCCAAGUCGAACUGACCUCUCCCCCUUUGUUGUUACUUGUUAGUCAGCAGUUGAUUACUUGUGUUAUGUAGUGCUGAGAGCAAUUCAUGGAAUGAACAAAAACGCCGGGUGAAGCGCUUGUAAAAUGUUGUAAUCUUAUAUAAAUCCCUGCGAUGUUGAAAGCCCUAAUGGGUUCUUGUAAAUUUUAAAGUGCGAUUAUCACCGAAGCGGUUUUAUCA